ACGCUUCUGCGCAGAUCUACGGAGCACCUACGUCACACGAGAGUCAGCAUUAGGGAGAAGGGCGCGAGAUAGAAAUUGCGGCGCGCGGACAAAGCUCGCGCCUAGCUGUCGCUGCGGUUCUCCGUCUGUUUGUUUCUUUUUUAAACUGUAGUCGAGAUUCCUCCACCAGAACCGGACAUCCCGCAGCGACCCGGCCGUGUCACCCACAGGUUUUUGCCGUAAACACCUGCAGUUAGCCCUUGAAGUCCACGUCUGACCCAAAACAGAGGGAAAUGUCAUCGUGGCUGCGCGGGGAGGACGUGGAGGAGGCCGCGCAUCCGGACACGGACUCCGAUCUGACGGAGUUCAGGGAUGGAGGGAAAGUAAAGGUCAGAUGGACGCAGGAGGAGGACGACAAGCUCAAAAAUCUGGUUCAAAAAUUGGGGAUAAAUGACUGGAAACGAAUCUGCAGCCACCUCCCAAACCACUCGGAAAACCAGUGCCAGCACCGCUGGUUUAAGGUUCUGGACCCCGAGCUGGUUAAAGGUCCGUGGACUAAAGAGGAAGACGAGAAGGUUAUAGAGCUGGUGGGUCUCUAUGGCAACAAACAGUGGGCGCUGGUGGCAAAGCAUCUCAAGGGCAGACUGGGGAAGCAGUGCCGGGAGCGCUGGCACAACCACCUCAAUCCCAACGUGAAGAAGUCGUCGUGGACGCCCGACGAGGAUCUGAUCAUCUACAAGGCUCACUGCCUGCUGGGAAACCGCUGGGCUGAGAUUGCCAAGCUGCUCCCUGGAAGGACGGACAACGCGGUGAAGAACCACUGGAACUCCACCAUCAAGCGCAAGUUGGAGAUGGGCUUCUACGCCGGCGAAGUGUGGCGAGCCAACGAGCUGGAAGACAUGAUGGCUCGUAUCGGUAAAGACGUGCCGACUACGGCCAGCUGCUCCCAGGAAGUUCUGGAGACGGAGGAGGAGCAGAAACCUCAAAGCGGAUUGCAGCUGCAGGAAGUGUUGGCCUCCGCUGCGGAGAACACGGGAGAAACCAAACCACUAAACCCCGCCCCCUCGCCCAAAGACAGCCUGAGCCCCAAAACGGAUGGAGAACUGAGCUGCGGCAGCUGGGUGGUGGAUGGUUCCGGUUUCCUCUCCCCCACGGGCCCGGCUCUGAAGGAGGUUUUGGACCUGGUGGACGGGGACCUGGACAGAUGGUGCAACCUGACGGAGUUCCACCUUCCAGAGGACAGUCCCAGUCCAGAGCGGCACCAGUUCCGCCUGGAGGGCAGCGCUCUGCAGGAGCUGAGCAAAGGCAGCAAAGGGGAGCUCAUCCCCAUCUCCCCAGGAGGGAUCACGCCGCCCUCCAUCCUGACCUGCCGCAACCGGAGGCGGGUGGCCCUGUCUCCUGACACCAGCAGCUCCAUGACGCCCAAAAGCACCCCCGUCAAGCACCUGCCGUUUUCUCCCUCUCAAUUCCUGAACAUGUGGACGAAGCAGGACACUCACGACCUGGAGAACCCCUCCCUCACGUCCACACCGGUGUGUAGCCAGAAGGCCACCGUCACCACGCCGCUGCAGCGCGAGAAGACGCCGCUCAUGCAGAAAGAAAACUCUCUGUUUGUUACCCCAAACCACAAGUCUGAGCUCUGCUCGACUCCACGGACUCCAACGCCGUUCAAAAAUGCUCUGGAGAAGUACGGACCUCUGCAGCCACUGCCUCAAACUCCAAACCUGGAAGACGACAUCAACGAGGUCAUCCUGAGGGACUCUGGGAUGGAGCUGGUUGUCGUACGUUCAACUCCGCCGGAGCAGAAACGCAAAAUGACGCAUCGGCCCCCCAUGAAGAAAGUGCGGAAAUCUCUGGCUCUGGAUGUCAUGGACUGCCAGCUGACACACUCAUCUAAACGCAAGUCUGCGAGGGCCGACGCCAAGCUCUGCAUGAAGGAAGAACCCGUUCUCGUCUCUCUGAACUCCUCGUCGUUCUGCAGCAAACGGCGCGAGAACAUCCUGGAUCAGGGCUUCCUGCUGGGCCCCAGCGACAGCGCCAUAUUUCCCUCCUCAGCGCCGCCUGCUCCUAUGUCCAAAGAGUGGGAGAAGGUUGUUUGUGGACAGACUAAAGACCAGCUCAUCAUGACGGAGAAAGCCAGGCGCUACCUUCGCUCCCUGAAGACUCAUCCGCCCAACCGGGCCCUGAUCCUGUCCUGACCCUCCAGAACACUUUCCUGUUUUAUGGUGCUCUGAUUGUAGUGGAGAAAACGGUGUAGGGUUAGUAAUAAAAAAAGAAUAAUAACAUAAUCAGUCUACAGCCUUUUGGCUCCGCUGACAGAACAGUCACCAGCUUCUCCUCACUUCUCACUGAAGCCAAUUUAGUGUUUUG